UCCAACCCUUUUUUUCUUCUGUCCAUACUGGUCAUGCGGAACUCUUCAAAGUCUUCUUCUUGCAGUCAGCCACAUUUAGUGGAGCUUUCAGCUUGCUUGCCUCCCCUCCUCCUUGAGAUUUCUCUAUCCCUCCUGGAGAAUUUCGUCUUCGUUCUUGACAAAUAUGAUCGCCUAGCUUUCUUUACUUUCAAUGGGGAGAUUCCGUCAUUCUCGGCUGUUGGUGAAGUUUUGAGACUCUAGUGUUGGAAAUUCAACUUCAUCACAGAAUUUCCUGGGAAAGAUGGCGGAUUUGGAAAAAGAUGAGGUGCCAAUGCUGUCAGAGACGGAGCAACCAUCAGUUGAAUUUGUGGAUUCUAAAUUGCGGAGGCUUGUAUCCAGGACACGAAGUGCAUCAAUAUCUAUUCCCACGAGCUCCAUGGAGCCAUAUGAGAGAGAAACUAGUCUUGUGGGACAUACUGGUCCGCUAAGGAGUGAGAGGAAAACUCCCUUUGUGCAGAUGAGCGGUCCACUAUAUGUCACCAACAGACAUGGAAAUCUUUUCCGACAGAACGUCAAUGCCACAGGGAACAAAGCAGUGGAGAGCAUGACAGAAAAAUUUGCUUUGCCUGGAAGAAAUGGUAAUGAUUGGCAGAACAACUAUGCCCACAAAAAUGAACACUUACUGAGGUCUGGGCAAUUGGGAAUGUGCAAUGAUCCUUAUUGUACAACUUGCCCUACUUACUUCAAGACCUCUCAGCAAAGGACUCAUAAGGCUUCUGGUUUAUUUGAUCCCAAGUUCCACAAUGCUCUCUAUGGAGAUGCUAAGGGUUGUGCAAGAAGAUUUUUUUCUUCCCUGUCUUCAUGUGUCCCUGGAGUUAUGAAUCCUCAUGCUAAAGUUGUACAGCAUUGGAACAAGUUUUUUGCCAUAUCUUGCCUAUUGGCAAUUUUUGUGGAUCCAUUGUUUUUCUUCUUACUCGGUGUAAAACAGGAUGACAGAUGUAUCUUCAUCAACUGGAAGUUGACACGGGCACUUGUUUGCUUAAGAUCCAUAAAUGAUUUUGUAUACUUCCUAAACAUGCUUCUUUAGUUUAGGUUGGCUUAUGUGGCUCCUGACUCCAGGGUGGUUGGUGCUGGCGAUUUAGUUGACCAUCCAACAAAAAUUGCUCUCCAUUAUUUGCAUAGUUGUUUUUUUGUUGACUUAUUUGUUGUGUUUCCACUUCCUCAGAUAAUGAUAUUGCUUGUUCUACCAAAUCACUUGGGUUCAUCAGGAGCUAAUUAUGCUAAGAAUCUUCUACGUGUAGCAGUCCUUGUUCAGUAUAUUCCCAGAUUGUACAGGUUUCUUCCUCUUCUAAUUGGUCAGUCUCCAAGUGGAUUCAUAUUUGAGUCAGCAUGGGCAAAUUUCUUUAUAAAUCUUCUCACCUUUGUGCUAUCUGGCCAUGUCGUUGGGUCUUCCUGGUAUCUCUUUGGUCUACAGAGGGUCAACCAAUGUCUUCGAAAUGCCUGCCAUCGGGAGAAAUUUGCACACUGCAUGCAAUUGAUUGAUUGUGGACAUGGUCAUACAGAAAACAAUCGGUCUUUUCUUUUGGUCAAUGGAAUCAAUCAAUUCAAUCAAACUUGGUUACAAAGUCCUGGUGCAGGCCAAUGUUUCAAUGUCUCGGAUGCUGGUUUUCCUUAUGGGAUCUAUGCUAAAGCUGUUAACCUUGUUACAGAACAUAGUGUGGUCACAAGAUAUGUGUAUUCAUUAUUUUGGGGAUUCCAGCAAAUCAGUACUCUAGCUGGGAAUCAAAACCCAAGCUAUUUUGUUUGGGAAGUCCUUUUUACAAUGGGCAUCAUUGGACUGGGACUCUUGCUUUUUGCUCUUCUCAUUGGAAACAUACAGAACUUUCUUCAGGCUCUUGAUCGAAGGAGGCUAGAAAUGUCACUUAGACGUCGUGAUGUGGAACAAUGGAUGAGCCACCGGCGCUUGCCAGAAGAUUUAAGAAGGAGAGUAAUACUGGCUGAACGAUAUAAUUGGGCUGCAACCAGAGGGGUAAAUGAAGAAAUGCUUCUGGAGAGUUUGCCAGAGGAUCUUCAGAGAGACAUUAGACGUCAUCUCUUCAAAUUUGUUAAGAAAGUUCGAAUUUUUGCCCUGAUGGAUGAACCUAUCUUAGAUGUCAUUUGUGAGAGACUAAGACAGAAAACAUACAUCAAAGGAAGCAAUAUUCUGUAUCAUGGUGGUCUGGUAGACAAAAUGGUGUUUGUUGUGCGUGGAAGAUUGGAGAGCAUUGGAGAUGAUGGGACCAGUGUUCCCCUAGCUGAAGGGGAUGUGUGCGGUGAAGAGCUCCUGAGAUGGUGUCUGGAACAUUCUUCGGUGAACAGAGAUGGUAAAAAAGUAAGGCUUCCUGGACAAAGAUUGCUCAGCAGCAGGACUGUACGUUCCUUGACAAAUGUGGAGGCAUUUUCACUACGGUACGCAGACCUUGAAGAAGUCACUAGCCUUUUUACCAGGUUCUUGAGAAAUGCGCGUGUUCAAGGAGCCAUAAGGUAUGAAUCGCCUUAUUGGAGGAGCCUUGCAGCAACUCGCAUUCAGGUUGCAUGGAGAUACAGGAAGAAACGUCUGAGUCGUGCUGAUCCCUCCCAGCCAAAUCCGUAAUUGAAGUCAGUAGAAUUCACUUUAGCAAGGUUCAGUUUGUAUGAUGUUCAACUACUAUUUAUCUUGUAAAUUAGCUAGCUUGUUCCCAAAUGCAUGUAGUUGCUUGAUGUUGUAUUAAGUAAUUAGAUAAAUGGAAUUCUUAUAUGAUUUAAUUAGAUUCAGUUUUUAUGA